AUGGCUAGAACAAAACAAUCCGCUAGGAAAACAACAGGAGGAAAAGCCCCACGCAAGCAGCUGUCUGCCAAGUCCGCCCGUAAGGCUGUGGCCCCCGCCUCAGGUGGUGGGGCCAAGAAGUCCAGGUACAGACCUGGAUCUGUGGCCUUGAAGGAAAUCAGGAGAUACCAGAAGAGUACAGACUUCUUGAUCCGAAGACUUCCUUUCCAGAGGGCUUGCCGUUCUGUGGUUAAGGAGUGUAGUAAUACUACAGACAUAAGAUUCCAGGGCCCGGCUCUUGGCUCAAUUCAAGAGGCCUUGGAGGCCUAUCUUGUUAGUUUGUUUGAAGAUGCUAUGCUCUGUGCAUGCCAUGCAAAGAGAGUCACUGUAUUUCCAAAAGACAUAAGCCUUGUUCUGAAACUCAGAAGCAGACACGUCAAAUCCAUCAGUGAUUAA